ACUGCACGUCAACGUUUCGCCUGUAAAAAUAUAAUUAUUUUACGUAUAAAGCAGCAGACUUCGUGGUUCAGGUGUCGUGUUGGGUUCACGGACUGCCUCAGCCUCGGAAAAAAAUAAUUGGAAAGCAAUUCAGCGACACUGUUGCACUUAGCUUGCGUCGUGUUCUUUGUUGGAUACUAAACACGUUUUAAUAUGAAGGUGAAGGAAAUAAAGGAUUGUGUGACGUUGUUAACCCCUCAAAAUUCAAAAGUCGUUUAUUUUAAUGGCUAAAAAUGCUCGCCAUUGGACUGUUAUGACGCAAAAGCGCUGUUUUUGAGACUGUCUUUUGUUCUGAGACUCUUCUUCCUGUUGUUGGUUACCACAGACGAACAAUGUGCUCCGCUGUCUUUGUUUUCACGAUGCACACUUCUAUGAGCUGUUUCUGUUUACCUGUUCAGCCUCACUUCAUGUCGCUCCUGUGUACCCCCACACGGGGCUUUUAUUCGUCUUUUUUGUUGUUUUCACAUAUUACACGACAGUUAAAAUGAUAGUUUGACCAGUUGUGAAUGAAGCAGAAGGAUGAGACAAAAAAGUCUUAAUUGACGACUAUCAACUACUAACUGCACGUUAAGGUCAGCUUUUUAACCAUUUUGAGCAAAUUAAUUAAAAAAUAAAAUUUGUUUUUCCGCUUUUUAAAAAUUAAUUUGAAAUGAGCAGACGAUUAACAGGAUGUCUGCUUUUUAAUCAAAAUAAUUUAUUCAAUAUAAUUAAAAUCUAAUUGUCAAUUUACAUUUGAAAUAAAAAUUGAAAAUACAUUUAAAAUAAAAAAGUUUUAUUACAUGUUGUUUACUAGAUGAAAAGUAAGUUAGUGGGAAAAAAAAACUAAACUAGUUGUACUCCUGGUGUUGUUAUUGUAAUAUUUGAAGUAAAAUUCUGAAUGCAAAACCAAGUCAAAAUGUAAAAAAACCCAACAAAACACAGUACUGUACCCUAAUUUGUCAUCUGUUAUAAACAUUUCUGAACAUUACCACAACAAAAGAGGGGGAGGGAACAGUGUAUGUGUGUAUCUCUUUAUGUAUGUGUGUGGAGAGGCAAUGUACUGUACAUGACCAGUGUUAAUUUUACCAAUGCUGAUGAUGUAUUAUGACACACUUUUCAGUCGUCUGUGUGUCAGUGUUCCUUUAAAGAAUAAGAAUGGACCAAACGCUGGUUCUUCUUAGUCAAGCAGAACAUUUGUAUCUCUGUCUUUGGUUGGAGGAUAUUCAAUGACAAGUACAGAUUUGUAUUUGUAAAGGUGUGUGUCUGUGUGUUUGUGGAGCAGUCACGCUUUACAUCACCACGGUGACUUCCUGUUGAGUUGCGGAAGCUCCUUUGUUUUCAUGUCUCGCUGAUAGUUUCUGUGCUGCUGCUGCUGUUCUUCCUGUUGCUGUGAGGAGACUCAGGUCCAGAGAAAGUCCAGCUCCAAACCCGAACACUCUAUUCUUAGACUUCUGGUGACGGGCAGCUCCAGUUCACAGAGCACAACUGGAAACUUGCAGAGCUGCUGUGGACUCAAUUUUCUCCCGUGGUGUCUGUGUGGAGCCUGCCACACACCCACUCCACAACAACGACGGCUUUGGCUUGCAUCUUCCAGUGUUUCUUCUGUCAGCAAGUCCAGCAGAGCUGCAACUCUUCCAGUGCCAGCCCUGACACCAGCGAGGAGCCCUGCCCCAUUGACAUGGUGAAGAUGACCAAGUCUAAGACCUUCCAGGCUUACCUGCCAAGCUGCCAUCGCACCUACAGCUGCAUCCACUGCCGGGCACACCUGGCCAAUCACGACGAGCUCAUCUCAAAGUCAUUUCAAGGGAGUCAAGGAAGAGCCUACCUGUUUAAUUCAGUGGUGAAUGUCGGCUGCGGGCCAGCUGAGGAGCGGGUACUCCUCACAGGUUUACAUGCUGUGGCUGAUAUCUACUGUGAAAACUGUAAAACCACUCUGGGCUGGAAAUAUGAGCACGCCUUCGAGAGCAGUCAGAAAUACAAAGAGGGAAAGUUCAUCAUCGAGCUGGCUCACAUGAUCAAGGACAACGGCUGGGAGUGAUGGAGUCACCAUUCCACUUUCUCUUCAUCUUCGAAUGCUCUUUAUUGAACUGUGUGGCGCAAUGACUUUCCACCGCCCUGAACCCACCCCCUAACCCAACCCUACAACAGCCCUCUGAAAAAUAGCCUCCACCCACUUGUCUCUUUCACGUGCACACUCAUCGUGAAACUUAACUGAUUAAAAACCCAACCAGGCAUCGGAGCAUCUCUUGAAGAUGAUUAAAAAAAAGAAAAACAUACAGAAAAGGAGUGUCGUAGUUUACGUUGAAGAUUGUGUGUGUUCUCCUUUGCAGCUCCAGUGCUUUUGGGUUCUAAUUCCACCCACAUACUCUCCCGAACCCGAGACUCCUUCACGCAAGAACCACGGAUUUAGAUGGUUGGGGUUUUUUUUGCUUGUCGUAUCUUUGCCUUUAGCUGAGCAUGCUUUUCUUAGCUAAUGUCCAAAUGAGUAAUUAGGGACAACGGGGGAAAGAGGAGGAGGUGGAGGUAGACAAGAGGAGUAUGUUGUAGUUACAAAUAUGUAGCAGCAUCUUGCUUAAUUUUAGGUGGCAAUGAAAGUGAUUGCAGUCGUGUUUUUAUCUUUUUUAUCUUUAUUCCAUUUGUGUGUAGUCAUGAGAUAAACGAGAGACACAAUUUAACGCAAAGAUAUACAAUGUACACACAUUUGAUGAUGGUUGGAUGGAUGGUCUGUGUAGGUUCUCAGUCAUCCAGGUUAUUUAAUCCAAAAAAUAGUUACAGCAAAAGCAACUGGACAAAGUAGUUUUUUUUAAAAGACAUUUCACCUCUCAUUCAUAAGGCUUCUUCAGUUCUGAGUGACUACUGGGAAAUUCUGGUGUUCAGUCUUUAGGGGGCUACAUACCUGUAAUGAGGGUCGUUGCAAAAAUCGGGGGAUAGAGGUGUGGUGAAACCUGAGCGACACUUUUGCCUGGGUGUCCUUUGAUAUGAAAUUGUGGUCUUGUUUUCAGGGAGAGGUUUGGAAUUUUUUGGGGGAAGAACUCAGGACGGCAUUAUAGGUGGAUGAAAGGUUGUGUCUCCUUUGAACAGGGUGUGUUUCACCACACCUCUAUCCUACUUUGUCCAGUUGCUUUUGAUGUAACUAUUUUUUGGAUAUAUUUGCCGUCAUGCACAUAUGUGUACAUGCAUAUAUGCACCAGGUGUGGUCACGCAUUAUCACAGCAGCAUACUUGAACAACGCUACACAGUUUGCACUUUGCAGAGGCCUUUGGUUCAUCUCAGUUUAGAGGCAAACCUCUUCUGUUUGGUGACCUCACAGAUGAGCGACAAAUUGGUGGAGGCAGAGAGAAGGUUGGAACAGAACAAUUGGAGGAUUUUGUUGUUGUCAUUAGGAUCUUGCAGUGUUUAAUGGCUUUUUUUGAACAUUUGGUUUUAACUUUGUUUAAUUUUUUUUUUUUUGCUUGAUUGCUUUGCUUAAAUAGCGUCCCAUCAUCCCAUCCCAUCAGCGAUCCCAUCAUUUUCCCUCUCCUCUGGUAGGUCUUUUGCACUUUAUGCUCCGUCUCACCUGCUCUCUAGGAAUCUGUGACUCGUAGACUUUGUCUGUGAUUUGCCUCAAAGCCACAUGGAUCUUGUGCCUCUUCAAAACAUAAAUGGUUCCCCUUUUUUUGUUUCUGUUGUGCAGUGCAGUGCAUAACUCUGACACCCCCGAAUACACACACACAUACACUUACACUUCUACAUGUACAAACACACCAUUGUUGAAGCUGCCCCUAAACUACGGUUCUCCAGCCCAAUCUUUACUUGUAUUCAUUUUCAGACAACGUAGUUGCUAAACUUAGACACUUAUAAAUAUAUAUAUAUUUUUCUAUGUUAAGAUUUAGAGGUGUGAAAAACAGAUGGAUAUUCACUAUAUUCUUUCUCAGAGUAAAGAUUAAAAGCAAGGUAAAAACUUGGAGGGAUGCCCCGGGGCUUUGUGUUAGAAAAAAAAAAGUUAGCGACAGGAGGGUGGGAUGGAGGAGAUUUAAAAAAAUCAGCAGUGAUUGAUUACUUUGCCGGCAAGGUCAGUCAUAUCACACGACCUUUAUCAUGAAAACAAUGACAAUUCAAACCCUUAAUAUUCAGCAGUGAUACCUACUUGAAAAAUAUAUAAACAGCUAAGAUAUUGGCCCAUGUUACAGGUUUUGUACAUAAAGUAACAUAUUAAAGGUUUUAUAUGUAUUUCUACUGGGUUAGUUCUGUUACUUCUCCAACUUGAAGCACUUUUGUGCGCGUGUGCAAGGGAGAGCGUGUGCGCGUGCAUGUGUAUUAGCUCACAUGUAUGCCAAAGUGAAUGUUUAGUUCUGUUUUUUUUCUUCUGUCGGUUCUCUUUCUGUCUUUUUCUCUGUUGCUUUAGCUUGAAAGGUUUUUUUUUUUUUGUUUCUCGUGUUAUUUCUCAGACGCCUGUUUUGUAUUGUUCUCUCCAGUAACCUCUGAGUGGAGAACCAGGUUGGUCUGUUUGUGGAAGAGGUUAAUCCCCAAUGUCUAUGAAGAUUCUCAGUCAUCCA